AUGAGAAUAAAAUUAUUUGAAAAAAGUUUAAAAGGCGUAUUUUAUAAUUUAUCAUUCAUUUAUUUACUAUUACGACUACGGAAGCGGUUGCCAUCAUUUGCAGUUCUCAUUAUUUUCUGCACACUGUUGUGUGUGCAGUUGAACAAAUCAAAUCAAACCAAAUCAAAUCAAAUCAAAUCAAAAAAGAAAAAAGAAAAAAGAAUGGAAUCAAUAGCUUCAUUAUCAAUUAUCAUCAAAAUUGCAUCUAUUUGCUUACAAAAUUGCACAUUUAUUAGAAUAACCAUGCUGCUAAUCACAACAUGCUGCAAAAAAUUGUCAACUGAAAAAAGUGACACUGUUCAAGAAUUAAAACCAAAAGUAUCCAAAGAAACGAUAAAAUCGCCAGCACAAAGAAGAGCAAUUGCAAAAAUUAGAGAGGGUGAAAUGAUUCCAGCAAAUCAGAGUGAAACAAUUAAUGAUGCAAUAAGUAAUUGGGAAGCUGUGCAAAAAGUUGAACGUAAAGUACCUUUAAAAAAGAAACGUCAAAAAGUUAAAAGAAGAAAAUGA